AUGGCGAAGAAAAAGAAAAAGAACGUCAAGAGGAAUACCAAGAAGAAGGCAAAGAAGACCAAUAAAGAAAAUGAUGAAGAGAAAGGAAAGAGGAAGGAUUCGCUUAUUACGAUCCAGAAACAUUGGCGUGGUACACAAGCCCGAGAGCAAUACAGAACAUGUCAUGCUUCUUGUGUUGUCGUACAGAGCAUCACCCGUCAGUGGCUGAUUCGACGUAAAAUCAACACUAGGAUUCAGUCAGCUAUAGACAUCCAGAAAACAUGGCGUGGUUAUAGCAGUACCACGAAGAUCAAGUCGUUGCCCGAGAAGACGCCCAUCGAACAAACAAGAGCCGCAACGAAGAUACAAUCGAUUUAUCGCAUGCUGAUAGCCGAAGAGGCCUACCAUUCAAGGCAGCAAAUGUCAUUUUUGAACAGACUCCGUGCAGCAACAAUUCUGCAGAGUUUCGCACGUCGACAAAUCGCUCACAAGUCCUUCUACACGCUUCGCGACUGCAUUACUACCGUUCAAUCUUACGCAAGGGGUCGUCAACUCAGAAAAAUGUUAGAAAAAAGGGCCAAGGCUGUCAUUAUGAUUCAGAAGCACACCCGUGGUUCGAUUGUACGCGGCUACAUGCGAAGGCUACAUUCGAGUGCAAUAGUCAUUCAAAUGUUGAUAAGAAUGGCUCUUGUACCAAGGAGACAGUUUCAGUUUCUGCAGUUGCCUCAAGAACGGCGAAAAGUGUUAAACCGCGCUGCGAAAUUGAUACAAAUAGCCUUCUUGAGAUGGAAACUGCAACUUGUAGUAGAAUCUAUGCAAUGUUCAGCAAUAAUUUUGAAUAGAGGCAUCCGUGGGCAGCUUGACCGAUCAGCGGCAAAGUUUGCUCUAUCUCAUAUGAAUGCUUCUCUCAAAAACUCAGCUUCGACCCCAUCAUUUGCCAGGCUUGUAGCUGGAAACGACCCAAAUUUCGCAUCAAAAGUCGCUGCAUGGGAACUAUCUGUUUUGCAGGCGAAAUUAUUUUCAAGCAUUGUGCUGCAAAGGGCUGCUAGGCGAUUUCUUUCGAGGAGACAAGAGUCUCGCCAGUCUGAUGUUCAGGUCAGCUCUCAAGUAUUGCGUGGCCCCACAACGGAACCCUUUUCAUCGGUUAUUCAGUGGGCCUUUGGGAGGACGAAGCGCGAAGCCACCGUCACCAUGCGUUUGGAGGCAGCCAUUCGGCUCCAAAGUAAAUAUCGGGGAUGGAAAAGGAGACAAGCAUACAACUCGAUGUUGGAAGAUAGGUCUAAGAAGACGGACCAAGCUGCAGCCAUUCGACUGCAAAGUGUAUUCAGGGCGCGGAGAAGCCGAAAUGUGUACCAUUUGCUUCUGGACGAUCAAUGUCAAAGAAAGAAUCGAGCUACAGCCAGUCGAAUUCAAAAUGUCUCGCUGUUGGAAGAUAGGUCAAAGAAGACGGACAAAGCCGCAGUCAUUCGACUGCAAAGUGUUUUCAGGUUGUGGAGAAGUCGACAAGCAUGCCGUUUGCUUUUGGACAGUCAGCUUCGAAGGAAAAAGCAAGCUGCAGCCACCACUCGAAUUCAAACUGUAUUCAGAGUGUGGAGAAGUCGCAAGGUUUAUGACUUGCUUUUGGAGGACCAACGCCAAAAAACGAGUCGAACCGCAGCCACUAGAAUUCAAACUGCGUUCAGAGGAUUGAUGGGACGAAACAAAUACGACUUGCUUUGGGAGGAGCAACACCAAGAAAAGCAUCGAAUUGCAGUCACUCGAAUUCAGACUGCGUUCAGAGGACUGAUGGAAAGAAAGGCACAUCGCUUCAUUUCACUGGAUCGAUCCAAACAGACAGAUCAGGCUUCUAUUGACUUGCAAAGAGUUUUUAGAGGCACGGAUGGUCGAAUUUUGGCUGGUGCGUACACUUCACAAAUGACAGAUUUGUCAAGCCAUGCGACUGCUAGUGUUCUGCAUGCUGCUGAACUUUCUAGCACAGCUACUGUCUCUCAUCUGUUGGACGAUCAGUCAAGCACUUCUAUGGUAUCCCCAAGUUUGAGACAGCUCAUAGACCGUGCAAAGGCGGCCCAGGCGGAAGCUUGUUUUCUUGCAGCCAAUAUCUUACCAGGUUAUGCCACCACAGUUCUACAAAAAUAUCCAUAG